AUGCGCGUGCAUCACUACGAUUUGUAUCGCCUGCGGGACGCGAGCGAGAUCGAGGCGAUGGUGGAUCUGGAGGAGAGCGCGGAGAGCGCGGUUUCGGUGCUGGAGUGGAGCGAACGGUUGGGACGGUUGACGCCGGAGACGCGGUUGGAGGUGCGAGUGCGCGCGAUCGGGGCGGGAGAGCGCGCGUGCGGUGAGGUGGUGGAUGACUCGGGCGAGACGGCGAGCGAGGAGGGCGACGAGGAGGGCGAGGAGGAGGAGGAGGAGACGGACGCGGCGUACGUGGACGUCGCCGCGCGAUCGUUUCGGUUCGUCGGUUUCGGCGGCGAUUGGGCGGAUCGAAUCGCGCGGAUAUCGCCGUAG